CAUAAUAUCAAUCACGUGUGCUCGCUUCGAUGGGAUUCUCCAUUCGGUUAGGAGAGUCGAGGAAGGGAGGGGAAAAAAAAAGUUUCCCAGGUGAUCAUCUCACUUGUGUUCUUCCUCAUGAGGUGACUUGUUCUGCUUCAUUUCACUUCGUGAGGUUCAAGUACAACAAAUCUUCGUGAAGCACGGCUACUCCUACACGCGCCUCUCGAACCUGGAAUCAUCGUUUGCCGAUCUCCCGCUUAGCCUGUUUGAUUCCCACUUGACCGAUCCUUUUCUCUUUUUCUGUGGUGGUUUUGGCAAAGAUGGGGUAUAUGAGCAAGCCCCUCGUUUCGAGCUAUUACGAUGCCCUCGCGGAGCGGCCAACGCAACAGAACGCGGCCCAUCUCUGGUGGAGCAUUCUGCAUGAAUACUUCGACUUCCACGACGGCUUCGGCAAAAGGCUAGACAUCGAGAUCACCCACGGCACCAUGGCGCCUUACAUCGCUAUCAGUCGAUUGGAGAAAGGCUCUCUCAAUACGGUCAUCUUACUACAUUUCGUCAAGCCACCGGCCACCGACAGCCCACGGGCUCAGUCUGAAGCAUGGCAGGACAUCUGGGAUCUGUUGGCGGUUGACCUCAACACCGUGCGCGCCGAGCGGCCAGAUACCAGGAAGCUGUACGGCAUUGGAACAAUCGGGACCUGCUCGCGCUUCUACACCUUCACCCCGUCCUACCACCUUGUCCGGUAUGGCGGUGCAGAGACGCUGGAGAUCAAGGACGACGAAGAGGAGAUCGAGCAGUAUCUUGUCGAAUUGAUCCGGGAUACUUCGAAGGAAAUCCGCAUCCCAGAGCCAGUUAGGAGAUGUUUCAAAUCUUUCCCCAUGCUAAAUGCAAUCUGAUUGGGUUGGGAGCGGGGGGGUUUGGGGGUUUUCGUCUCAUUGUUUUUUAACUAUCGUUGGGCGGUGACGUCUCUGGAGGCUU